AUGCCCAGAAAGGUGACUCAGAGCACGCAGACAAAACGUUCAUUAAGUAAGGAGUUAGAUUUAGAGGCCUUGCUGCUGGAGCUGGGCGAGUUUGGCCUCUACCAGCGCUGGGUGUUCGUGUACCUGGGGUUGGCCAUCAUAUUCACCAGCAUCUACAACUGUCAAUAUGUGUUUACUGCUGCCGGUGACAAUUACAGACUACAAGAGGAGUCACACACAGCUGACUUAGUGCCCUUCUUUAGGUGCAAAGUACCCGCAUGCGAACAAUCUCCGCCAGUUUAUGACUCACUACCUUGGGGAAGAUUUGCGUUGCCAUCGACUGGGUACGACUGCUACCAGAAAAUACCCAUCGGCAAGAGCUGCGCGCCUGAGAGCUUUUCUAACAAAACCCGUCGCUGCUACUCCUGGGUCUAUGAAGAAGGACUUAGUUUAGUAGCUGAGUUUGAUUUAGCGUGUCAGGAGUGGAAGCGCACCCUAGUGGGCACCAUCCACAACUUCGGCGUGUUCCUGGCUAUACCUCUCACUGCUGCGGUUUCUGAUACAUAUGGCCGGCGUUUCGCGCUGAUCGGCACCUGUGUAGCUCCGGCUUUCUUCGGUCUAAUGCGAGCGUUUUGCAACAAUUACAUACUAUACUUGUUUUUGGAGUUCGUUGAAGCACUGGUCGGCAAUGGCACAUACAGCACUGCGUUCAUUUUAGCUCUUGAGAUAGUGGGUCUGAAGAUGCGAGUGCUCGGCGGCAACAUAAUCCAGAGCACGUAUGCGCUGGGGCAGAUACUGACCGCAGUCAUCGCCUGGAUAGCGCCUUACUGGCGGACUUUUACCAUCGCCAUAUUUAGUCCCUCUUUCCUAUUCAUUUUCUACAUAUUUUUCGCGGAGGAAAGUUUCCGGUGGUUGAUCAUCAAGGGAAAAGACGAUGAAGCUGCCAGAAUUCUUCUUAAAAUAGCAAAGUGUAACAAAGUACAGCUUUUACCUGAAACAAAGGCAAUAUUGACCGGAGCUCCUAAAAAAAUUAUUAGAUCUACUACGAUUGUGACACGCAGUUUGUCACAGCGUCCCCAGCGCAAAGAGAAGAAUCUGAUAACGCAAGUACUGCAGUCCAGGACGAUGGUGUUCCGCAUCAGUGUGGUGUCGUUCUGGUGGGUGUCGGUGACCAUGAUCUACUACGGCCUGUCCAUCAACUCGGUCUCGCUGAUGGGCAACAAGUACGUCAACUAUAUGAUGACGGCAUUUGUCGAGAUCCCUGGCGCAUUUCUUUGCUUUCUGACCCUCGACCGAUUCGGAAGGAAAAGCUCUAUAAUGACAAGCUUUUUCGUCUGUGGCAUAUCGUUGCUCGUGCUACCGGUUGUAAAUAACCAAACCUUAAUGGUAACCCUGACUUUGGUGGGCAAGAUGAUGAGCAGCCUGAUCUUCUGUGGUAUUUACAUUUACACAGUCGAGUUGUUCCCUACGAACGCGCGCCACCGGCUGCUGGGAUUCUGUUCCAUGACGGGCCGCAUCGGGUCCAUGUGCGCGCCGCAGACACCUCUGUUGAUGGCGUACAUGAAGUCCCUCCCGUACCUUUUGUUCGGGUCGCUGGCUGGGGCGUCGGGGUUGCUGAUGCUGCUGACUCCGGAGACUCUGCACAUGAAGCUGCCCGACACCAUCGCGCAGGCUGAGCAGAUGACCCUCGCUGGCCGUACUAACAAACCGACCAAUUUGAUCGUCUCGUAA